AUGUCUUUCCCCAACAACCAAACCACCCCUCAGAAUAGUAUGGUGUAUAUUGGAUGCGGAAGUAGCAGUACCAUGUAUCAGAGCACAGUCCUCAACACUGGUGAAAACAAUGAUUCAAUCAAGCUCACUACCCUCAACCCCAACAAGUAUGGUGCACAUACUCCACAAUCAAACUUGAGAGCUCCCCCACAGGGAAAGUGCUGCAAUCCACGCCAGCCUCCGAUGUCAACUUCCAAUAUGUCUUGCACGUGCUCUCCCACAAUCGAAUAUCAAUCUCGAGCCACUAUAUCCAUUGAGGACUUUUAUCGAGGGUUUGAGAGUGCGCCCAACGAUACCACCUCGAACUCAUUCACCCAACCCACUCCGAAAGAUAAGCUUUACACUCCUAUGGAAAGAUUUAUACUUGAAUCGAACGAUGUGCAGCCUGCCUUGCUCGCAUUUACCCGCCCCAAUGGCCACCCAUAUUUGAAUAUCACCCCCGUCCUCAGACAUGAAUGA